CCAUACACUCCAACACAACUACAUCCAGCUCCAUCACUGACAUCCAAACAAAACAAGCAACUGCAGGCAAAGAAGAAAAGACUCAUCAUGUCUUUUGAAGUGAAGGAAAAGGUUGAGGUGCGCCUGGUGUUUCUGGGAGCAGCUGGCGUGGGGAAGACAGCCCUCAUACAACGCUUCCUUAAAGACACUUUUGAAUCCAAACACCAGCGCACGGUGGAGGAGCUCCACAGGAAGGAGUACGAGGUGGGGGGCGUCAAAGUCACCAUCAACAUCAUGGACACCAGUGGCAGUUACUCCUUUCCUGCCAUGCGUAAGCUCUCCAUCCAGAACAGCGAUGCCUUUGCCCUGGUCUACGCAGUGGAUGACCCUGAGUCCCUGGAGGCAGUCAAGAGUCUACGAGAGGAGAUCCUGGAGGUCAAAGAGGACAAGUACACGCCUAUUGUGGUGAUAGGCAACAAGAUAGACCGUUACAAUGAGCGUCAGGUGUCCAACAAGGACGUGCUCUCCACGGUGGAGCUGGACUGGAACCACAGCUUUCUGGAGUCUUCAGCCAAAGACAACGUCAACGUGCUGGAGGCUUUCAGGGAGCUGCUCCAGCAGGCCAACUUGCCCAGUCGGCUCAGUCCAGCGCUGUGCCGGAGACGGGAAACCUUCCCGAAGGACAGCAACAAACGACCUCCAAUGAACAAGACCAAAAGCUGUCUCAUCUCAUAAUGAUGCAAAAGAGACUGAAACAAAACUAAAACUCUGAUGAAACACCUGGUCAGUCAAUUAUGUCUCCUCAUCUGGUGUGAAAAGACUGCAUCGAACCUCACAGCAGCACUGAAAGCACACAGAUGCUACAGCUAUGAAAACAGAUACCACCUUAAAGGCAUGAAGGCAUGUGUCAGAACUGUUUGAACAGUGAGACGAGACGGUGUAUAGACACAACUUACUAUGAAUGUCAAAAAACAAGAUGCUGUAUUAAAUGAGCGGUGCAGUGCAGAAGCAGCAUUAUGAAUAUUGAGCCCAGUUUCCACUCAAAUAUAUAUGCGAUGGGUCAUUUUUGGUGUUUGUGUUGCUGGUGCUAGAAGGUGCGACAACUGUGAAGUCAUGACUUUUUAUGCGAGUCUAUUUACAUGUGAUAGUUUUACAAAGUAAGUGAACAACAGAAGGAGAAGCUAUAAACUGUAUAUAUGCUUUAACAGCAAGACAUCAAAUGGUAACACUGCUCUGUAAAACCCAAUAAUGCACUUGGAGUUUAGAUGUAUAUCAUUACUUUGAAAUACAUACUUGCUGGUGUCGUUUCUCUGUCUUUGUGCGACUAAUGAAUUCUUUUUUCCCUUA